UACAGCAAUUACUUGAUCUGGACAUUUUCACUUCCUACUCUGUGAGAGAGAAAUUCCCCAGGUCAUCUGACCUCUGCUGAAACUACACCAGGAAGAGGAGCAGAGGCAGUCAACAAGUGCAGGGCGUUCUCUGGCUGUACAAAAGCCUCCCAUGUGUGAGCCAGAUCUCAGAGCAGCGCAGGGAUGUGCAGGCGUGUGUACACAUAGCGAGGUGAGCCGUGAGUGUCCUGCCAGACAGAUCAUCUCUUGCACAACUCUCCGGUCCUGUGCAGCCCAGCAGAUCUUCAGCUCUUCCUUUCGCUGCCUAUUUCCAACCAUGCCUCCAGAGCAGAGCUUCUGAGGAGCUGCUUCCUCACGUGCUGCUGAAAGCAGCUCUCUCCAAGAAGAGGUGGUGGCUAGCAGCAUGGUGGGAAUACUGGCAAUGAGGACGUGGAUUGAGCCAGUGGUCGCGGGUUCCCAAGUGGCCAGUGCCUUCUAUGACACAGCACUGCUUCUGGUAGUGAAGAACUACUACAACCAGACCAACAGCACUGCUCCCUCUCACGUCCUGGAAGACGCUCAGCAGAAGGCUGUAUCUAAUUUUUACAUCAUCUACAAUCUUGUUCUGGGCCUGAGCCCGCUGGUGUCAGCCUAUGGCUUGUCCAAGCUGGGGGACAGGAUACAUCGGAAGAUCCCCAUCUGCUUUCCUCUUCUCGGUUAUUUGGGCUCCAAAGCUCUCCUGCUCCUCCUGAUUCUGCUGGGCUGGCCAGUGGAGGUGAUGUAUGGGGCUGCUGCCUUCAAUGGGCUGACAGGAGGCUUCACCACAUUUUGGGCAGGCAUCAUGGCUCUGGGAUCCCUGGGCUCCUCGGAAAGCAAGAGGUCUCUGCGGCUCAUCAUUAUUGAACUGGUGUAUGGCCUCGCUGGCUUCCUGGGCAGCAUGGCAUCUGGCUACCUCUUUGUUGGCUUCAGUGACCACUAUCGAGAAGGCACCGUGCUGGUGUGCUGCAGCAUCGCUUGCUAUGCCUUCUGUCUCCUCUACAGCAUUUUUGUCCUCACAGUCCCCAAGCCAGCAGCUUCCUGCCCAGCCAAAGCCAAGAGUGUAGACGAGGUGGGUGGUCAGCUACCAGAAGCAGCAGUACCAGGGAGUUCCCAACCUUCAGAGGGCAGCAUCUCCACUCCUGUAUCACCCUCAAAACUCAUCAUCAUCCUGCUGUUUGUGGCAGCAAUCCUCUACGACCUUGCUGUGGUUGGUGCAAUGAACGUACUCCCACUGUUCUUGCUCAGGGAACCUUUAAGUUGGAAUGCCGUGGAGAUUGGCCACGGCAACGCUGCUGGGUAUGUAAUCUUCAUUACCAGUUUCCUAGGGGUACUCGUGUUCUCCAGAUACCUGAGGGACAUUACCAUGAUCAUGAUUGGAGUAGCAUCGUUCAGCGCUGGCAUCCUCAUCAUGGCCUUCGUGCAGUGGACGUUCCUGUUCUACAUUGCACGGGCAGUGAUGCUCUUUGCCCUCAUCCCCUUACCAACCAUCAGGUCCAUGUUGUCCAAGCAUGUUGAAGGAUCAUCCUACGGUAAGGUGUUUGUCCUGCUGCAGCUGUCUUUAGUCACCACGGGAGUAGUGACAUCUACAGUCUACAACAAGAUCUAUCAAAGCACACUGGACUGGUACAGCGGCUUCUGCUUCAUUUUGUCUUUUCUAGCUGGCUGCCUGAGUCUCCUCCCUUUAAGCUUUGUGGCCAUCAAACAACGGUCAACCACUGGCUCCCUUGAGAUUCUGACUGAGUAACAGAGGCAUCUUCUGGUUGUUAUCAUUAGUCCCUGCAGUUACCAAUACAACAGAUGACACAGCAUUUGUAUUUCCACUUCACAGCAUGCCACAACCUCUCAGCCAAUAAGCUCACCUAGGAAGAGAUGUUUGCCUAGUUAUUUCUGCAGCAUGCACCCAAUCCUGCAGAGUAUGUGCAUUGGCUGUUGCACACCAGCAGUCCUCAGAGCAUGCUGCUUUUUGCUAGGCUGGUUAGCAAUACCAAAGAGGGACAAGAAUAUAGGCUAGAAAUGAAAAUGGCGUUUCUAGACGCAUCACUCAGAGUGGAAGCGGAAAGCAGAGGACUGGUUUUCCAUUAGUUCCUUUUUGUCUGUUCGUUCAAAAAUCUCACAGAGUUCUGUGACUUUG